GAUGGCCCCCGCUGCCGCCGCCAUUGUGGGGGGGGUCUUCCUGGAAGAUCCUCUACCGGCCUUCGGUGCCUUCGGUGCCGCCGCCGUCGCCGGCCCGCGCCCGCCGCGCAGAAUGAGCGUGAUAGACCACGUGCGGGACAUGGCGGCCGCGGGGCUGCACUCCAACGUGCGACUCCUCAGCAGCUUGCUGCUUACAAUGAGUAACAACAACCCAGAGUUACUCUCUCCAUCUCAGAAGUUCCAGCUAUUGGUUUACCAUGCAGAUUCUCUAUUUCAUGACAAAGAGUAUCGGAACGCAGUGAGCAAGUACACUAUGGCUUUGCAGCAGAAGAAAGCCCUAAGUAAAACUUCAAAAGUGAGGCCUUCGACUGGAAAUUCAGCAUCCACACCACAAAGCCAGUGUCUUCCAUCUGAAAUUGAAGUGAAAUACAAAAUGGCAGAAUGUUAUACAAUGCUGAAACAAGAUAAAGAUGCCAUUGCUAUACUUGAUGGGAUCCCUUCCCGACAAAGAACCCCCAAAAUAAACAUGAUGCUGGCAAACCUGUACAAGAAGGCAGGUCAGGAGCGCCCUUCAGUCACGAGCUACAAGGAAGUACUGCGCCAGUGCCCACUAGCCCUGGAUGCCAUUCUAGGUCUGUUGUCCCUUUCUGUAAAAGGGGCCGAGGUGGCGUCCAUGACCAUGAAUGUGAUCCAGACGGUGCCUAACCUGGACUGGCUGUCUGUGUGGAUCAAAGCGUAUGCCUUUGUGCACACUGGUGACAACUCGAGAGCAAUCAAUACCAUCUGUUCACUGGAGAAAAAGUCUUUAUUGCGAGAUAACGUGGACCUACUGGGAAGCUUGGCAGAUCUGUACUUCAGAGCUGGAGACAACAAAAACUCUGUCCUCAAGUUCGAGCAGGCUCAGAUGUUGGAUCCUUAUCUGAUAAAAGGGAUGGACGUGUAUGGCUACCUCCUGGCGCGAGAAGGGCGGCUGGAAGAUGUGGAAAACCUCGGCUGCCGCCUUUUCAAUAUUUCUGACCAGCACGCAGAGCCCUGGGUGGUAUCUGGGUGCCACAGCUUCUACAGCAAGCGCUACUCCCGGGCGCUCUACCUGGGAGCCAAGGCCAUUCAGCUGAACAGCAACAGCGUGCAGGCUCUGCUGCUGAAGGGAGCGGCACUCAGGAACAUGGGCAGAGUCCAGGAGGCCAUCAUCCACUUCCGGGAGGCCAUACGGCUCGCACCCUGUCGCCUGGACUGCUAUGAAGGUCUCAUCGAGUGUUACCUGGCCUCUAACAGCAUCCGAGAAGCCAUGGUGAUGGCUAACAGUGUGUACAAAACUCUGGGUGCGAAUGCACAGACUCUGACCCUCUUAGCCACCGUGUGCCUGGAGGACCCGGUGACACAGGAGAAGGCCAAGACGCUGUUAGACAAAGCGCUCAGCCAGAGGCCUGACUAUAUCAAGGCCGUGGUGAAGAAGGCUGAGCUGCUUAGCCGGGAACAGAAGUACGAGGACGGCAUCGCCCUGCUGAGGAGCGCGCUGGCCAACCAGAGCGACUGUGUGCUGCACCGCAUCCUUGGCGACUUCCUGGUGGCCGUCAAUGAGUACCAGGAGGCCAUGGACCAGUACAGCAUCGCGCUCAGCUUGGACCCCAAUGACCAGAAGUCUCUGGAGGGUAUGCAGAAGAUGGAGAAGGAGGAGAGCCCCACGGAUGCCACGCAGGAGGAGGAUGUGGACGACAUGGAAGGGAGCGGGGAGGACGGGGAGCUGGAGGGCAGCGACAGUGAGGCGGCGCAGUGGGCCGACCAGGAGCAGUGGUUCGGCAUGCAGUGAGCGGGCAGGGAGACCAGGCGGAUGGAGGAAGCGCAAGAGCCAUGCGCAGAUCCGGAUUGGAAGCAGCUGGGCCCCGUGGGCCGCGUCUGGUUCGCAGAGCCCGGGACCCGGGCAGCACGGCCCCCAGUCCUCACUUCCCCCACCGAGGUAGCAGCGCCCUCAGCCACGCUGGCCUGGCAGAACCGCUUGCUGUGUGCGAGGCUGGCACCUGCCGCCACUUGGGCUGCCCCGAGGAGUGGACGCGGUGCAGAUGCACCAGGCAGCACACCAAUAAAACCACACAUGGUGUGGACGAUGGAGCGGCUCCUCUGGGCGCCUUCUGUUGAGUGCAGCACUGCG